AUGAAUACUUUAUCACUUCCUUAUCGUCUCCCCAACAGCCAUAUCAGUAUCAAAGUUCUUGCAGAAGGGGCUGCAAAUGUCAUAUAUCAAAUCACGCUUGAUCCAGGAUCACAAGACAUUGCCGAACUGGACAAGGGUCAUCAAGAAUUAGAAUAUCUCUCUGGAAAAUUAUUACGUCUUCGGAAAGAUGUUCCCACUACAGCCCCAACUUCAGAUUCACAUCAGCAGUGGCUCGGAUAUAUCUUACCCCUAUUCGAGCCAGAACAAUUAGUUACCCAAGAAUUGGUCUACAUCGGUCAUCUCAACGUGAUUCCUGGAUUAAACACCGAUCUCAGACGUUUUGAUAAUCCCGGUGGUACAUCUACCUCGAAUCAUCUCGCCCCACCACCCAUAGGGAAAUUUUAUCGUUCGAGAGCACAAAGUGGUACUUUCUUAGCAAAAGACGAUUAUGGUCUUUUGGUAACAGAUAUGACACCCAGGAAAUCAUUACAAGAAACCGUCGUAGAAUUUAAACCAAAAUGGCUCUCUCCAUCCCAUGAAAUGCCAUCUCAAGCCAUAAGAUGUCGUACUUGUGCACUUCACGCACGUCGGAUUGCUUUUGGAGAAGAAAGAAAAAAUACUGAUCUUCAAUCAUAUCUCUGUCCACUCAAACUUACCGAUGACCACCCCAAGUUAAAGUUUGCAAAUUAUGAGGCAUCCGCUUCACACAUAUUACACAAAACUCGUGAAUCACCUGCCGUUCAAUCACUUGCAAAAUGGAUCCACGAAAAUCCCUUGUUAAAACGGCUUCGCGAUCUCCAAACAGAGUAUGAUGGUAAAGGAUCGUUGAAGUCGGAAAAGGCAUCGCAUGAACUUUGCGUGGCCAUGACCCUCAGAGAUUGUUCGUUAUACAUUCGUAUGGAUAAAAAUUCACAGGUUGUAGAAGCUCGUUUGGGAGAUCUCGACUAUAAAUCGGCUAGUAAAUAUUCUUCGUGGAGGAGGAAAGAACAGGAAUUGGUUGAUGAGGGGUGGUAUUGUGGUGAAGAAGAGAAGGAAUUGAAACAACCGGUUGACGAGUGUCUGUUGUCGAGAAAGAUUUGA